AUGGCCCGCACAAAGCAAACCGCUCGCAAAUCUACCGGUACGUCUCACACCCUCGCAUGGCCCCAACCCUUGCUCUGUCCUCGGACAGGGGCCUCUCUCAAGUCGUCGUCGCCUCGCUUGCUGACCACCUCAUCCUUCACCCCCCUCGUUGAAUGUUCUCAGGUGGCAAGGCGCCCCGAAAGCAACUCGCUGCCAAGGCCGCUCGCAAGUCGGCCCCCGCCGCCGGUGGUGUCAAGAAGCCUCACCGAUACCGUCCCGGAACGGUCGCUCUCCGUGAAAUUCGUCGUUACCAAAAGUCGACCGAGCUCCUCAUCCGCAAGCUCCCCUUCCAGCGUCUCGUCCGCGAGAUCGCGCAAGACUUCAAGACCGACCUCCGCUUCCAGUCGUCGGCCGUGAUGGCUCUUCAAGAGUCCGCCGAGGCGUACCUCGUCUCCUUGUUCGAGGACACCAACUUGGCUGCCAUCCACGCCAAGCGUGUCACCAUCCAGCCCAAGGACAUCCAGCUCGCUCGUCGUCUCAGAGGUGAGCGCUCGUAA